AUGAGAAAAAGCGACAUGCAGGGGCUAUGGGCAAUCCGUCGUCGUUUCACGACUUCCAAAUCUCUCAUCCUCUUCAUAUCAUUCCUUGCCAUCAGCGUCUACUUCUCCAUGAGCUUGCUCUGCAGCCCCACUGGAAGAAGAAGACCUCAGGGACCAGCGAUAGCCACCGUAAAAUUCGACACGUACCCUCAUAGAACUGAAGCUCCACUGAACUACACCGUGUACGGCUGCACAGGAACAUGCUCCACCCUCUACGACGAAAAAGAGGAAGAUCACGAGCAGCCACCGGGCGCCACGUGUCCGGAGUACUUCCGAUGGAUCCACGAGGACUUGAAGCCGUGGGCCCGGGAGGGCAUCACGAGGGAGUCGCUGGAGAGAGCCCGCAUGGGGGCCUACUUUAGGCUGGUAAUAGUCAACGGGAAGGCUUACGUGGAGAAGUACCGCGACUCGUACCAGACGAGGGACGUUAUUUCGCUGUGGGGAUUCCUACAGUUGUUACGGAAAUAUCCAGGAAAGGUGCCUGAUCUGGAGCUGAUGUUUGAUUGUGCUGAUUGGCCCGAGUUUGAUGAAAAUGGGGUUGAUGCGGCCAACGGUACUGAUCAAUUACCAUUGUUGUUCCCUAAACUAGUUUUGUUCCGAUACUGUGGGAGUGACGACACAAACUACAUUACCUUCCCUGAUUGGACCUUCUGGGGUUGGCCAGAGCUCAAUAUAAAGCCAUGGGAUGAUUUGUUGAAGGAUAUAAAAGAAGGGAACAAAAGAAGCAGAUGGAUUGACAGGGAACCUUAUGCUUAUUGGAGGGGAAAUCCAUUUGUUCAUGAAGUAAGACACCAACUCAUGAGGUGUAAUAUCUCCUACAAGCAGAAACAUGACUGGAGUAUUCUUCUUUAUCCCCUGAAUUGGACUGAAGAAUUGGGAUCGGAGUUCAAAGCAACGAAUGUGGCGAACCAAUGUCACCAUAGGUAUAAGAUCUACAUUGAAGGACGGGCUUGGUCUGUGAGUGGAAAAUACAUUUUUGUCUGUGAUUCUCCUACCUUAUAUGUGAAAUCCAGAUACUAUGAUUUCUUCACUAGAAGUAUGAUGCCAAUGCAACACUUCUGGCCCAUAAAGGACGAUGACCAAUGCAAAUCCAUCAAGUUUGCCGUUGAGUGGGGAAACAUCCACAAGCAAAAGGCACAAGAAAUUGGAAAAGCAGCAAGUGAAUUCAUGCAAGAGAAGGUGAAAAUGGAGUAUGUAUAUGACUACAUGUUUCAUCUUUUGAAUGAAUACGCCAAGCUCUUGAAAUUCAAGCCUACCAUUCCUCAAGACGCUGUCGAAGUCUGUUCGGAGACGUUGGCUUGCUCACAAGAAGGGCUGCACAGAAAGUUCAUGGAGGAGUCCUUGGUGAAAAGUCCUCGUAGGCGCCCGUGCGCUAUGCCUCCUCCGUACGACCCUCCAUCACUCAAUGCCAUUCUUCGAAGAAAAUCAAACUCAUUUAAGCAAGUGGGGGUGUGGGAGAAAAGCUACUGGAAUAAACAACCUAAGCACAAAUAG